AUGUUCACAGUGCGGCGCCGUGCAGUGUUCGCCCUGAUGUUUCUCUCACUGCUGUGCGACUGCUGCUGCUCCGCGCGGGCGACAAGUUCUGGGAUCUCGGAGGAUGUAAAUGUCACGGUGGAGUUGACCUGUGCAGAGAAUGGGAAAGAUAUACGUUGGCGCUUUCCUGGCGAGAAUAAUUGGAUGAUGUGUUCAAGCAGCACUGAAGACGCUGCAGGCAGCGUUGGCGAAGAUGAUCUUCUUACUAAAUCUCUUUGUUAUUGGGCUGAUGAUAUCUCGAAGAAAGAUUGUAAGUCUCACUGUACUUCGUCUUCAGGUGAUGCUGUUUCUGUGUGCACGGCGAACUAUUCGUUGGAUCCCAAGAGUAAACUCUAUGAGCGGUGGAAUAAUGCAAAGGCAACACCUGGCAGCUCCUCGGCUUCUCCUGGAGGCAAAAGCGCAGUGGACACUGAGCCAGGCACCAAUCCAGCGGGCAACGCGGCACAUGCACCCGGAAAUACAGACGCACCCUCAACUUCUCAGGACCCGCCCAAAGCGCCCAGUUCCGCCCCUCCCGCCACCGGCUUCGAUGGCACUUCAACCACUACAACGACGACCACAAAGAGUCCCGGCGUUGCGAAGCACACAAAAAGCAACGCGGACAGCAGUGAGGCCAGCAACACGCCGUUUGUACACACGUCUCUACUACUGCUGCUGCUGACCGCCCUUGCCUGCGCUGCUGGGCAAUGCUGA